CUUUUGCAAAUCUGAUUUGAAUCGUCUGAAACCUCACCAAAGGUCUUCAUUUAACCCAAAGUUGUUGUUAACGGGGGUCUCAGCAAAUAAUUUCACGUUUUGAGAAAAAUAAUUUUUCAAUUUCCAUACUGAAGCCUUAUAAAGUGGUCAGUUUGGGGGACGUUUACGCAAUAACUUUUGCAAAUCUGAUUUGAAUCGUCUGAAACUUCACCAAAGGUCUUCAUUUAACCCAAAGUUGUUGUUAACGGGGGUCUCAGCAAAUAAUUUCACGUUUUGAGAAAAAUAAUUUUUCAAUUUCCAUACUGAAGCCUUAUAAAGUGGUCAGUUUGGGGGACGUUUACGCAAUAACUUUUGCAAAUCUGAUUUGAAUCGUCUGAAACUUCACCAAAGGUCUUCAUUUAACCCAAAGUUGUUGUUAACGGGGGUCUCAGCAAAUAAUUUCACGUUUUGAGAAAAAUAAUUUUUCAAUUUCCAUACUGAAGCCUUAUAAAGUGGUCAGUUUGGGGGACGUUUACGCAAUAACUUUUGCAAAUCUGAUUUGAAUCGUCUGAAACUUCACCAAAGGUCUUCAUUUAACCCAAAGUUGUUGUUAACGGGGGUCUCAGCAAAUAAUUUCACGUUUUGAGAAAAAUAAUUUUUCAAAUUCCAUACUGAAGCCUUAUAAAGUGGUCAGUUUGGGGGACGUUUACGCAAUAACUUUUGCAAAUCUGAUUUGAAUCGUCUGAAACUUCACCAAAGGUCUUCAUUUAACCCAAAGUUGUUGUUAACGGGGGUCUCAGCAAAUAAUUUCAGGUUUUGAGAAAAAUAGUUUUUCAAAUUCCAUACUGAAGCCUUAUAAAGUGGUCAGUUUGGGGGACGUUUACGCAAUAACUUUUUGCAAAUCUGAUUUGAAUCGUCUGAAACUUCACCAAAUGUCUUCAUUUAACACAAAGUUGAUGUUAACUUAUAAAUAUAGCUUUAUAUUGAAUGAAAAGAGAACAGAGAAAGAAAAACGAACAUUGCUUCGUCAAGUAUAUAACGUUUUAUUUAGUCUAUAUUGAUGCCAAGACUGAGAUACAAAUUUUUGUUUGGGGGAAGGGGGGCAAGCCCUGAUAAAUCAGUGUAACAACAGCUAUAUUUCACAAAAUGAGAGUAUUUUACUUAAGGAACUCAAGUUCUUUUUUGGGGGCAUGCCCCCCCUCGGCCCCCGGUAUCUCGUUCUUUGCAGUGAUGUGAUAUUUGUUUACGAUUACAUUCAGCUCAAGCAUAAUAUUCAGAGUCCUGAAGUCUGUUUGCUCUUUUUUGACCAUCAGGCCAUUAGGAAUGUUUCUACAAACAGUAUAAAAGGAGUUGCAGUGAGGUUACGGUAAAAAAAUAUUUUCCUUCCAACAAUUAUUUUAGUGUUACAGUUGUUGGCCAAGCGGCUGCCAAUUUUUCUGAGCUCUAAAUACUGUUUGCAUACACAAACGAUAAUUUGAUGCGACUUCGUCCAGGAAGUUAAUGGCCUGUUUUUAUCAACAAACUGUUUUAUUUUCCAUGUUUGCUUUCAUGGUCUUAUACAAAUACCUUGGUUAUAUGGCACGAAGACUAGUUUCACUGACUGCUUGCAAGGUGAUGUGAUACCCUGUUGCGUGGUAUAACGAAUUCUCAUGAGUGUAACAAAUUGUAACCAGAAACGUAAUGUAUGAUGAAUUAGAUUUUACGAACUCCCGAUAUAACGAACUAUUUUCUGGUUCACUAUUUACAAAAAAAUUCGUUUUUCAUGACGAGUAAUGGUAAAAACGUAAUGUAUACUUUAAAGGAAGAUAAUGUCGCAGGGAGAAAAAGUUUCGGAAGAAAAACUUGCGAGGAAAAACUCACAAUGUUCGCAACUUUUUGUUAAAAGAAUAUUCAUUUCUCAGAAUCUGCAACCUUUUCCCCGCAACUUUUAAAUUUGUUCAUAUUCGCACCUUUUUUCCCGCAACUUUAAUUAAUUUUGGCAGAAUUUUGUUUUCGUUUUUACCUGUAUAUCAUGGUCCACACGCAACAUAACUAUUUAGAUGAUGAUUUAGAUGAAGAAGAAAAAGAUGAAGACUUUGGUAUGUAGACCUUUUAUCUUAUGAACUAUAAAGUAGAUCUUUAGCGAAAAAGGUGUAUUAAUGAUUUCUACAUUCUGAGUUCAGGACAGAAAGUCCAGUCGUUUCAGAAAAUUUUGCCGAGCAAACUACGAAUGCUAAAAUUUUUUUCAAACAUAUUCAUUUAUCGCAACAUUUAAUGUUCGCAACUUUGUGAAAAAACAAUUUUUGCAACAUUAUAUUCCUGCUUUUUUUUCAUUGAGAAAAAAUUAUGGUUUUUGGCUUUGCUCUCCUUUUUUAAGGAAUGUAUAGCAAAAAGAGGGGUAGUGUGAGAAAUGAUGUCACUGGCAAUAUAAAACAGGGGUGUCAGAAAGCUGCUGACACAGGGGGAUGGGGGGGGGGGUUAAAAAUCUUUAAAUUUCAGGUAACGUCAUUUAUUCAUGACCCCCAAAGUAGUGUGCCCAAAUAAAAGUGGUGUGUGUCAGGACACAAAUACCAAUACACUCCUUUUAUAGUCAUAUAAAAUGUUGUUUGAAAACUUGUGACAGUGAACCGGCUGUAACACUGUAGUGCUUAAUUUGAUUGAGUAGUUUUGCAUAUUUGGGUCUGAAUUUGAUCUGAAUAUAACCAAGUGGAGUGACUAUAAAUUGAGACGAAUAUACGCUGCUUGUAACAUCUAUUUUGUUAUUGGGGAUAAUAUAAGUUGAAUUGUAUAAAUUCUUGUAUGUUUUCAAGCUUGUGGUUGAAAGCUUUAGGGAAGUUUUAAUACCCUCAUCUAGUGUAACGAAAUCAGUUAGAUGCUUGUGUGCCUAAGUGGGUGCAACCUACCUUGCGUAUUAAUUUAGCGUUACGGGAACCGAGGGCUAGUUCCCUACAAUUUCAACUUUGGGCAGGGGCCAUGCCAACGGCAGAGUACUCUCCAGGUGGUCGGACGGUGUGAGGGACUUAUUUCCAUCCAUGUUGAGAAAAGUAAGAUUUAUUACCUGACAUGAAUAGAUUCAAUAACAGUAACAUUAAUUGCGUCAAACAGUGACAGGGACUGUGGUCCAUUAUAUACUUAAUUGUAUAGCAAAUAAACCUCGAAAAGGAAACUGUUACGGGGCGCGGCUUUGAUGGCAAGCAUGUUUACGGCUUUCCCUUUUGCUUAGUUCUCCCUGAUGGACGGUAUGUUUAGGACAAAAUGCUACACAGGGAGAACGUACUCCAGGCUGGCGUUGCAACGCGAACCUGGGGUUUCAGGGGACCAGAUGGUACUGGUACUGGAAGACGGUCUUCUGCAAGGAUAUGGAAAAGAGGGAAGAGCGGGAAGCAAAACAAGAGCAUAAACUUUCCUGCUGGACAGGCGGAGAGCGAUGAUUUGAUAGCGGUGUUUUCAGAUUCUCAGCUCAGACCGAUCGUUCAAGGGGAUGUUCCCUUCAAGGACGGUUGGUUUGUCAACUCGACUCCUGGGGGCUGCUUUCUGGACGUCGCAGAAGAAGUCAAUUCGGUGGACUUCAAGGGCGCUGAUCCGCGUGCUGUGGUUCUCCUGGUCGGAACAAACGACAUGAGCAGGCAUUAUCUGCUUGACCGUGCCAAGACGCAUUUCUAUGGUCUCUUGAUGACGGUCAAAAAGAAAUUUUCAUCAGCUCGGAUAAUAACUGUGUCGAUUUUGCCUCGGCUAGACGAGUUUGACAGUCGACUCAUUAAAUACAAUGAGCGUUUGAGAGAAGAGUCCCGACGAUUUGGAGCGGAGAUUUUAGAUGUGUGCCCUAACUUUGCUAAGACGGACAGACGUUUGUGGUCUUGCAAAGAUGGAGUGCACAUCAGUGAGGACCGCGGCAUACCACUUCUGCUGACACUUUUGCGACAGACCUUGCAGUAUGGGCCUGCUCCAGAGACGCAACCCGGGCAGGAAACUUCUGGUGGCAGGUGCCCUGAUUGGUUAUGGAGGGAGCUUCGCUCUCAUAAUCCGCACCCAGAACGGUAUAUUGCAGAAAAAGUCGUGGAGGCAGAAUCUCCAGAAGUCGCAAGACAUGUGAAAGAGGCUUUCGGUGAAAAGAAAUAUGUUUGGGUUGCCGAUUUCUCUAAAGAGCGAAACGCAGCCCAGUGGUCACGCUUGACCGAUGGAAAGACAAUUCUUGGAAACGUCGUUUUGCAAAGCCCAAAGCCUGGGCUUUACAACCAAGAUAAAAAGAUAUUUUGCAAAGAGGCGAAAAGGAAGUUUAAAAAGAGAGCUCGGCCAACAAAAGUCAAGAGUGACGCUAAAAGAGCAAGAAAAAUUGACAUGGCGGAAAUGGCUGCGAUUAUGGAAAUUCGCGACGUCGAAGAAGAACGAAAGGAAGAUUAUAUUCACAAGAGACGUACUAGCAGUGCAAAGUCUCGUGGAUUCAAAUCGCUCGGAAGGGAAAUUGAUGCUCGAUUGCCAAAGGUACGGCAACCACCAAUUAAGGGUGAGGUUCAACUGAACAGCGCAAACGAGAAAGAAGAAUCAGUUCUUGAACACUGUGCAGUUGUUACACGACACAAAGGAGGAGGAAGAUUAAAAAGAGCAGCAACCCGCGAUAUCGGGUGCGUUGAUAUCGACCAUUUGGGGAAAGCUGUGUUUGAAAACUGUACCCUCGAUAAGAAUGAGAAACCAUCUCAGUUUAAAUGGGUGCGUAUAUCGACCAUGUAUUUUGGUGGGUCAAAAUUUAAACGGAGGCACAAAAUUUCGACCGUAAAAUAUCUGUAUUAUAAGAAUAAAGCCGUGGUAGAUGAUAUAGUGUUGGCCUUGUCAGCGGGAAUAAAUGAAGCUAGCAUAGCUUCUGAGCCCCAGAAUACCUUAAGGAGUUCCUACACUCAUGUGCAGGGGUCAGAAUGCGUUGUCGCUGGGAAAAAAACAGAACUAGAUUUUAGAGGUUCCGACACAGAACAUUAUCCUGACAGUGAGCUAGGUAAGGGAUCCCCAAUAGAGAGUAAUACCGAGACCCUCUAUCAUGAAGAAGAAGCAUUAGUUUCUUCCGAAUCAGACGUUUCACCGCACUUUACACCAAAAAAAACUGCACAAUUCCACGAGUUAAGUGAUAGCUUUUCUGCGUACCCAAAUUCAAUUAAUGAACGCAGUUUGGAAUCACCCCAAAACAAGUUAUCUGAAGAUAGUGGAAAAGUGUCUAGAAAACGCCGUUCUGAAUCGAUUGACAAUUCACAACACGGUAAAAUUGGUAUCAUUCUUGGAGAGGCUGUGUCUGUCUAUGCACGCAGGGUUUUAAAAGCCACAUACGACAGUGACGAAGAAACACAAAUACACAGCCUUGAACGUCAAACAUUUAAUAAUUUCAACCUAAAUAACACUGUGGUAGCCGAUUGUUCGUCUGACAGCAAUCAGCCUUCUGAUGAUAAUCCUUCUGAUGAUAAACCUUAUUCUAAAAACCUAACAAAAGCUUUAUCGCGCUCCAAAUAUGGUUUGAAGGACAUAAAAGCUUCUUUUAAACACAAAAAUGUAACCGUUCCUCUGCCAAAUAAUUGGCAGUCAGCUUUUUUUGAAAAAUCUAUCAAACAAAGCGUCGAAAAUUGCUCGAGGCUUUCAGCAGAGGCAAAGGACUUACUGCGAGCUGUCAUUUCAAAAGCUAACAAAUUUUGUGUUAUAAAAUUUGGAUACCAACAUGUUCAAAAGCUUGGCUCACGAAAGCAUUCGUCUAAUUUUUUAACAGGCAAAGCACAAUGUUGCAUGAAAGAAUGCAAUUUUAAAAUAACGUACAAUAUAUCUACCCUAACUUCAAGAAGCAUACACCUGAAGCUUAGUGGACAGGUAUAUCAUAGUAAGACCUCAAUGGCAGCCACGCGUAUUACUAGUAAAAGGAGAGAGCAUUUAAGUACUUUGUUUAAAACAUCAAGGAAACUUCUGCCUUCUGAGAAGCAUCGUAAAGAUUUAGAAAAUAUGGAUCCCGAUGCUUUUGCUGCAGGUAACAUGACAGAGGCAGGUAAAAGCCACAUUGCAUAUCAACAGCUAGCGGCUAAGGCCAGGAAAGAAGCUGAUUCGAUCCCAAUUAUAGCCAAUGAUAUUGGGAAACUUCAGAAAGAACUGAAGCUGUCAGACGAGCAACAAGCUAUAGAGCAGAAAGCAACCUUUAGAAACCAUUUUGGGUAUAUACAAAGACCUACUAUAACCGAAGAAGAAAUAAGUGUAGUACUGAUUGACCAACCAAUGGCUAUGCUCUAUCACGAACACGUAAGCAACCAUCCGCUUUAUAUCGACGCUACCGGAUCGCUGGUACGUGAUAUUAAAGGAUUUAAAAAAAUACUUUAUUAUGCGGCAGUAGUGCAACAUCCCUACAAUAACGGUCCUCCACUGCCAAUUGCAGAAUAUGUAACAACCAACCAGGAUCAGUUUUCGAUAAGAAGAUUCUUAAAUGCUCUUUGUGAAAUGGAAAGCCUUAAAUAUGGUAACAAGAACUCUAAGAAACCUUCUCUCAUUCUUUUAGAUUAUAGCAUGGCCAUAAUCAACGCAUGCCUUGCAGAAUUUUGUCGCCAGACGAUGACAGAAUACCUAGACUGUACAUUUAGACUAAUAGACGGCACAGCUACUCCAAAUGAUGUCAAUAAGACAAUUUUGCACGUUUGUUCAUUCCAUAUGAUGCGCUUAAAUAGAAUAUAUGCAUUGAAAAGCAGCGGUACUGGAGAUGAUGCUAAGAGUCGGGUUCACUUCGCUAUGCGAUUCUUUGGCCGGCUCAUUAAUUGCGCUUCUCUUGCAGACGCAACAGCCAUUGUCAGGGAUGGUUUUGUUGUUCUUAAAUCUAAGUAUGCCAAUAAGGAAGUGAAAGAGGCUCUGCGGCGUUUAGAGCAGAGCAUAAAUACAUUUGAUCUAGUUGUUGAAGACAAAAUUAACCUAGAUAGCGAAGAGAAGUUUGAAGAAUAUAAGGUUGAUGGUGUAGACCAGGUAGAUUUUGAUAACAAUGAACAAACAUCCGAGCCUUACAGAUACUGGAAGAAGGUUACCGACAGCACUUUAAAAAGUAGUAAUCAGGUUUCUUUGGAAGAAAACCGGUAUUACAUGCCAACAUACUGUAACUGGGUUGAAGGUAAGCUUCCCCAGAUAGCUCUAUGGAGUAAUUUAUGCUUAGGAGACCUAACGCGUUUCAAUCCAGAAUACAAAAGGAAACUCCCCACAGUAACUACAAACUCUGUAGCCGAACAAUUUUUUUCUCUUAAGAAGAGAAAUACCGACAACCUUAGACAGUCUCUGGUUGACUUUAUACGCAAAUCAUGGCAUGAUAACCGAGGGCUCCAGAGACAGUUUAUUGCAGGCUUAAGAGCACAUAUUUCUAAAAAUAAGGAUUCCCCAGCGCCGGUAAAAAAAUUGUUGAGAAAAAUCAAAAAAAUUCUUCCAGUGUCUGACGAAAACAGUGCAGGAGAAAUAGAAUUGUCGGAAGACAAAAAGGAUUUAUCUACGGUUAAGGAAGAAUGGAAUAAAGAAAGACCAACUAAAUGCAAGAAAAGCGCCAAAAAGGUCUAUAGCUUCCAGGAACCACCCCAAAAAAAAUUGCGAUUCAGCGCUACUAAACACGAAAAAAGGCUGAAAAAUUCCACAACGGGCGAAAGACAAAAAGAAGAAUCUGAGAAAAUUGUGAACGAGCCUAAAAGUUCUAAACGGUCAUUGAAAAAUAAGAGCACUCAAAGCAAUGAAGGCUAUCCGUUGUACAGACGAAACGCUUUCAAAUCUCUUUCCCCUAAGGACAAGAAAAGCAUGUUGAAUUUACGAAAAAAGAUUGUUAAUGGGUGGUAUUCUUUAUCACCAGACGACAGGGAAAAGUAUAAUGAAUCUGCUAGAGGUGAAAGGAACCAAUGCGCUGCGUGUAGGCAGGAGGAAGUAGACAUUGGCACUGAUCAAAUUGACUGGGUCACUUGCGACGAUUGUGAAAAAUGGUACCAUACACACUGUGUUCAUAUCGAUCCCUCCUUUGCUAAAUCAGUUCCUCACUACACUUGCCCGAAAUGUCACCAGUCAUUCAUGGGGGGUUUACCUAGUUUAUUGGGACAUUUUCGAUUUAAGAGCGUUUUUGAACUUGGGCAGAUUGAUGACAUUAUAGAUGUCUGGAAAAAUAUGUCUUCUGAACAAAAAGCAACAGUUUUGAGAAAUAUAUACUUUUCGAGCUCGAGCGACCUUCCCUGCCUUGGAUCCAUGGAAAUUUUAAGCGAAAGAGGAAUAACUAACAAUUUUAGCAACUGUUGGAGCAAUUCAGCGUUUCACUUGAUCUGUGGUUCAAUAAUUUGUAAACUCCUACCCACUUACGAUUCCUGUCGAACCCCCGUUUGUAAGUCUAUUUUACGUAUAAGGGACGAUUUACAGAACGAAAACAUGGCCUCCACUCCAUUAAAAUUUACAUCUGAUAUGAGGGCAAUCAUUUCUAUUUUCAGAAAACGCGAUCAAAGAUCUCAAACCGCGCAAGAUGAUGGGGCUAGUCUCGUGGAAGAAAUUAUUCUCAGUUUGAUAGAAUAUAGUAUUGACAAUAUUGAGAAAAACUUUAGAAGCAAAGUGAUUAACCUCACGCACUGUGAUAGUUGUAACAAGGCUGACUUUUCGGUAACCGGACAGGUAAUGUUAACACUAAAUCUAACAACAGACACUGUUCCGGGUAUGUCCAUCCAAUCGUUAAUUUGGGACGCGUCUACAAAAGCGAGUCUUUUUAGUACAUUCUCUUGCGACUGCCCAGCGGACCACAAAAGCUGGAGCCAUAGGAAUUAUUUCUUGGAACUUCCUGUUGCACUGCUGAUUAUUGUCGAACGGGGAAAUAACGAUAAUUGCUCAAUUUUACAUACCCCGGUCACUGUCGAUAAAAAAAUUAACUUAAACGACCUAGUGCCUGGCAAAUACAGUGCAGACUUAGCUUCUUAUCGUCUAGCUGCUGUUGCCAUACACCACGGUCAAACAACUGAAUCAGGUCACUACAACUGUGUCAUUUUUGACCAGUACGGCCAAGGCAUAAAAUUUGACGAUGAUACACAGACUCCAGUCUCUCUUGACCGUUACAUAAGCAGCAGAGAAUGUAAGCGAAAUAGUCGUUUGUUAGUUUACAUCAAUACAUAUUCUUUGAUCCCAGAGCCUUUAAAUGUUAGACCACCUUGGGAAACGCAGAUAAAUCCGGGGGAUAUUGUAGAUGUUGAGGCAAUUUGGUUUGGGCUUGCUGGUAAUCCAACUGAAAAAAGCUUGCCCAUUACGUCCUUCAGAUCUUUAGUAGGUCAUGGAUAUAUGCAUGGGGAUGUGAUUUAUGCGUUUUUGAGACACCUAGCGGUUUCCUUUGUCAACUCCUAUGAAAUUAAAGUCCUUACUACCCAGUUUGUUACGGCUGUACUAAGUAGAAGAAAAGCUAGCUAUAUACUCUCAAAUGUUAUCGAGAACAAAGAACAGCUCUUCAGGUCACAUAUCAUUUUAAUUCCAUUCCAUCAUGAAUGUAUACAGGGUAUUAGUCAUUGGAGCAUGAUUUCUAUUUUUCCAAAACAAAAGUUAAUAGUCCAUUGCGAUCCGGCUUUUGAUGAAGAUAGGGAUAGGCUUGCCUACGAGGCUAUGGAUAUGUUUCUAAAGAAAGCACUUUCACAGCCCGAGAGUGAAGAUGCACUGCAGGACUGGCAAUACCUUCCACUCUCUAAGUAUGGAUUGCAACAGCAAAAUGAUGCGCAUAGUUGUGGGGUUUUUGCAUGUGUCUACGCGUAUUGUCUAAUUGCUAGGAAGGAUAUCCCUAUCAAAGAAGAUGAUCUAUCUAAUAUUAGAUAUUGGAUAGGUAAAGGUUGCUUAGAAGGUUCAACGUAUCCAGAAGAAAAGGCCAUUCGCCAAACGACUGCAUGGGAUGCACUUCCUGAAGUUGAAAGUAGACUGUCGUUUAUUGACGAUAAACUUGUAAAUGAGAAACUGGGGCCAUUCGCAAUGCUUGAAGAAUUAUUAAAAGUGUGCGGCAAAUUCAUUCCAAAUAUCGAACGUGAUAUAGAUACCAGCCCUUUGCCUAGUAGCAACUUUAAUUCUCUGAUUAACAAAAAAGGUUCUAAAAGCCCAGUUUAUCGAACAUACCAGGAGGCUUUAGACGACGCAUCAAGCGACAGUGAUACCGAUAUUGACUUGGACAUCGUUGAGAAAAGUUGUACUAAAGAAUCAACUAUGCCAAAUUUUUUUAUGUCACUAGCUUUUGUAGACGAAUUUAUGGCAUAUGCUGAAAGGGACAUCCAAUCCUUUUUAGAAAAUUAUGCAAGCUCGACACAGAACGAAAUUGCGUUAGCAAACGACGACUUGUCGGAAAGGCUAACAGCCUUAAUGACCUUAGGUAGUAAAACUUACCAUGGUUUAGCAAAUGGGGAGCUACUAUAUGUAAUGUUCAAGACAUUUGGGGAUUCGAUAUGGCGCUUGAAAAACAGGUAUCAUUUGCUACUGACGCGCACUAGAAGAUCUUUUAGUGAUUGCGCGAUAGAUCUCAACUUGAAUCAAUAUGUCUACCAAAUACCGCGGACUUUUGGUCAUACCAGGGCAAAUAUCAUCGAAUUUUUCUUUUUCCCGGAACACCUGACUAAAUUUAUAAUGUUUAAAUAUAAUAUAGACUAUGAGGAAGCCACAGGAAAAAUUUAUUCUAGCAAUGAACCCUGCAACACAGUUUUCUUUGAAGCACUGCAGGUAACCAGUGGGAUGGUGUAGGAAUAAGCGCACCUUUUAAUAGUUCAAACAAUGAUUUCACAUAGCUUUUUUACAAAUGGAGCGAGCUUUAUCAGUUUUGUUGGAAGUAAAUAAUGUACUUUAAUCUCCCAGAGUAUCUUUCGAAUAUGUGCAUAGUAUUCAGUUUUUAUUUUUAGAGAUAAGCAGAGAUAGACUGCAGCAUAAUGGAUGCUUAAUGUAUUUUAAAGUAGAAUAAUGAAUAAUGACGAUGUGUUUUCAAAAUCGUUUUCAGUUAAAUUCAUCGAGAAUUAAAAUUAUAACGCAGCCUAGUCACCCUGAGACGAUUGUUGACAGCUCAUAUGAUGCCAGAUUCGUUUCUAUUAGCACACAUUUCAUACCAAAACAGUUAUUUACCUCACUAGUAGUCCGUUAUGCUGUCAAACUGCAACCUGAUUUCCCAGGCAGCAUGACAUAAAAUGGUAAACAGCAUGUCUGGCAUGUGAAGCUAGUCUGGUGCUAUGUGAACACGGUUAUUGUCAUCACGCUAUCAGACUAUUUUUUUAGAAGAAAAUAGCCAACAUAAUGAUGUAUAUGUAUAAAUCAGGUCAAUAGCUUCACGAUGAAUGUCACAUCAACCUAUCAACAUCAACAUUCAUACAAUUCAUACAAACAAUAUACACCAGUUAUUAUGUAACACUUUAUGUAAUUUACAGAUACUUGUAACUGCACCUGGCAUAUCGCUAGUUGGCCAGACUUGAAUAAUAUCAGAGUCCUGAAAAAUUGGCAGCCGCUUGGCCAACAACUGUAACACUAAAAUAAUUGUUGGAAGGAAAAUAUUUUUUUACCGUAACCUCACUGCAACUCCUUUUAUACUGUUUGUAGAAACAUUCCUAAUGGCCUGAUGGUCAAAAAAGAGCAAACAGACUUCAGGACUCUGAAUAUUAUGCUUGAGCUGAAUGUAAUCGUAAACAAAUAUCACAUCACUGCAAAGAACGAGAUACCGGGGGCCGGGGGGGGGCAUGCCCCCCAAAAAAGAACUUGAGUUCCUUAAGUAAAAUACUCUCAUUUUGUGAAAUAUAGCUGUUGUUACACUGAUUUAUCAGGGCUUGCCCCCCUUCCCCCAAACAAAAAUUUGUAUCUCAGUCUUGGCAUCAAUAUAGACUAAAUAAAACGUUAUAUACUUGACGAAGCAAUGUUCGUUUUUCUUUCUCUGUUCUCUUUUCAUUCAAUAUAAAGCUAUAUUUAUAAGUUAACAUCAACUUUGUGUUAAAUGAAGACAUUUGGUGAAGUUUCAGACGAUUCAAAUCAAAUUUGCAAAAAGUUAUUGCGUAAACGUCCCCCAAACUGACCACUUUGGCUUCAGUAUGGAAAUUGAAAAAUUAUUUUUCUCAAAACGUGAAAUUAUUUGCUGAGACCCCCGUUAACAACAACUUUGGGUUAAAUGAAGACCUUUGGUGAAGUUUCAGACGAUUCAAAUCAGAUUUGCAAAAGUUAUUGCGUAAACGUCCCCCAAACUGACCACUUUAUAAGGCUUCAGUAUGGAAAUUGAAAAAUUAUUUUUCUCAAAACGUGAAAUUAUUUGCUGAGACCCCCGUUAACAACAACUUUGGGUUAAAUGAAGACCUUUGGUGAAGUUUCAGACGAUUCAAAUCAGAUUUGCAAAAGUUAUUGCGUAAACGUCCCCCAAACUGACCACUUUAUAAGGCUUCAGUAUGGAAAUUGAAAAAUUAUUUUUCUCAAAACGUGAAAUUAUUUGCUGAGACCCCCGUUAACAACAACUUUGGGUUAAAUGAAGA